GGAAGGAAGUAGCGUGCUGAGGGGUGUGGCGGUUUCUGCGGUUGCACGGGGGUUCGGAGGAGUACGGAGCGCCUGGAGGGACAGCCUGGAUAAAGGUGUCCUGAUGGCUCAGUUGGGAGCAGUUGUGGCUGUGGCUGCCAGUUUUUUCUGUGCCUCUCUCUUCUCAUCUGUGCACAAGAUAGAAGAGGGACAUAUUGGGGUAUAUUACAGAGGCGGUGCCCUGCUGACUUCCACUAGUGGCCCUGGUUUCCAUCUCAUGCUCCCAUUCAUCACAUCGUAUAAGUCUGUGCAGACUACACUGCAGACCGAUGAGGUGAAGAAUGUGCCUUGUGGGACUAGUGGUGGUGUGAUGAUCUACUUUGACAGAAUUGAAGUGGUGAACUUCCUGGUUCCAAAUGCAGUGUAUGAUAUCGUGAAGAAUUACACUGCUGACUACGAUAAGGCACUCAUCUUCAACAAGAUCCACCAUGAGCUGAACCAGUUCUGCAGUGUACAUACACUUCAAGAGGUCUACAUUGAGCUGUUCGAUCAGAUUGAUGAGAAUCUCAAGCUGGCUUUGCAACAGGACCUGACCUCCAUGGCCCCAGGGCUUGUCAUCCAAGCUGUGCGGGUGACAAAGCCCAAUAUUCCUGAGGCGAUCCGCAGAAACUAUGAGCUGAUGGAAAGCGAAAAGACAAAACUUCUCAUUGCAGCCCAGAAACAGAAGGUGGUGGAGAAGGAGGCUGAGACAGAGCGGAAGAAAGCCCUCAUUGAGGCAGAAAAAGUGGCUCAGGUUGCAGAAAUCACCUAUGGGCAAAAAGUAAUGGAGAAGGAGACUGAGAAGAAGAUUUCAGAAAUUGAAGAUGCGGCGUUUCUGGCCCGGGAGAAGGCAAAGGCUGAUGCCGAAUGCUAUACUGCCAUGAAAAUUGCAGAAGCAAAUAAGCUGAAGCUGACCCCAGAAUACCUGCAGCUGAUGAAGUACAAGGCCAUUGCUUCCAACAGCAAGAUUUACUUUGGCAAAGACAUCCCUAACAUGUUCAUGGACUCUGCAGGCAGUCUGGGCAAGCAGUUUGAGGGGCUGUCUGACAAACUGAGUUUUGGCUUAGAAGAUGAGCCCUUAGUGGCAGACACUGAGGAGAAUUGAAAAGAAGUUUUAUACAACCACAGACGACACUUAAAGAGAUUUUAUUUUUUAAUGAUGAGCCAGGAUGCCCCUCCCUCCUGCAGUACCUUCUUUGACUCUCUUCCACAUAACUGUGGUGGGAAAAAAGGAAAAUGCACUUAGAUCUAUUCCCUUGCCUGGGAAGGGAGGGCAGGGAUUGAUGAUUUGGAAUUUUUUUCAGGUAAGUAGGUUAUAUGACUUCUGUUGUGAUUUGUAAACCAUGGGUUUGAUCUUUGACCUCCAGACACUCACUUUAGCCCUUUGAAACUGGCUUAAUUAGGGAUGUUGUCCUUAAGGAGUGGGAGAAAUAUAGGGUGUUGCUUUAGGUGAUUGGAUUUCCCUGAUUUGGGAAAAUGUGGUCCAGUGUUCUCCCCCUUGUCUCCAAGGUGGGAGAUGCCUGUAAGUCUCAGCAGCUGAGCAAAUAAUGUGCUCGUAAGUUUGCCAGUAGAGCUGUGGAGAAACAGCUGUUUGGCUUUCCUGGCGUUUUUGUCAGUGUAUAUGUGAGUUGUUUUAGGGCAUACUUGAGCCCUUAUAGGAAGAACUGGUGCUAGGUUUUGCCAGCUUUUCUAUAUGAUACCCUCCUUGUCUUGGGCCUAAAGAGUGGUGGUUUCUGACUACAUUUCUGGAGUCAGGGUUCAGUCACCAUGGCAUAACUCUUUUUAAAACUUUUCACUGAUUUUGCGAUUUGGUUUUUUUCUCUUAAUUUGCUCAUUGGUUCCACUCAGCACCAAGAAGACAGGAACAAACAACUCAAGUGUCUUAAGCUGCUAAAGUGGGUUGAUUGUAUCUGCUAACCACUGCAGUAACUGCUUGGCAAACUAUAUUCCUUGAGAUCAAGUCUUUUUUGUUGUGGAUAUUCUACAUCGAAGAGCCCCUCUGGAGAAGCAGGAAGGGUCAUCCAGCAGAUUCCCACGUCGGGCAUCUGCUGGGAGUUUGUCUGACUUAGUGGUCAAAGGGAGGCCAUUCUUUCCAUAGAAUGCAUUAUUAAAUCCAGGGACCCUGGUGGCCACACAGGGGUCAACUGUUAAGUCUCCAAAGGGGUGGGUGGUACAUGUCAGAGGGCACAACCCACCAGAGUCCCUGCAUCAAAAUUCAUUUGAAUGUUUUUCAUACUGAUUAGGAAAAUGUUGGUGGAUUUGGGGUGGAUCACAGCAUACAUGAAAGAAAGGUUUCCUAUUUCUGAAAACAGAGUUGGGGACGGGGGAGCAGCUAUAUGGCUCAUGAGUUUGUACCAAACUGUUAAGUGGAAGGCAGCUCUCUGGCUUCACCUGCAAGCAUUUGGUGUCCUGUGUGGCAAUUUCUGGCCUAAGAUUUGACCUUCUUAUUUACUUUCCUUCCCACUCCUCAACUCCCAAUACCCCUCUUCCCCCAAUGAAACUAUGAAUGAUACUUUCUGGCAAAGAUCCCCACCUCACUUUUGGCCCCAUGGCCAGACUUCUGGUUUAUCGAAUGGCUCCAAAUGUGGGGCCAUUUUGCUUCCAAGUAGUGCCAGGCUUGUUGGGAGUGUGGGAAACAUUUAACCUGCCUAGGAAGAAACAAAGUAUGAACUCUCAAUUCAGACUUAACCAUUCUCUGUCUUAAUUCCUGAGAUCUAGAAUUCUCAAACCACUGAUCCUUGUCACGCUGUGUGUGGGUAGCCAGAUGUUCCUGGAGUGAUGGCUCCUAGUGGACUCAAAUCCCUGCAGAAGGUAGCUGGUCUCCCUGGCGCAGCACAGAGCACCCAGUGUUAGCAUACACUCACCCCCUCCCAUUUCAGAGCCAUUAGUCACUUAUUAGUAGCAACAUGAGUUGUCUGGCUUCCCGAUUUGCAUAUUUGCCUGUACCCUCUAUUCUCAGACUUGCCUAGGUUCAGAAAGCUCUACUUGAUAAUUGAACAAGGAGCAGGGAUAUCAUAGCUCUGAAAGGCGUGAUUGCUCAGGUUCUUAAAAGUCUCUCCAAUACUAACAGCCCGAGACAGAUUGUCCCUAGCCCUAGAUACACUUUGACCACAAAAGAGCCUCAGUAGAGUGAUGUCCUGCUGCACCUGCCCCUGUGAUGUUAGUGCCAUUUCCUCUUUAAAACAAAAAGUGUCAAUACCAUAAUGCCCACUAGUUGGAAUUCCCAUAGUUGUCUGUGCCUGGCUGAGUAGUGAAAUCAGGAAGCUGUUUCCUUAGCAAGGGACAACUAAUCUAUCUUUGAGACUUUGUUUAACACUUUCCAGAAAAUCUGAUCUUAAAACAUUUGAACUCGAAGCAUGUCAAAUGUGACAGCCUACAAUUUUGUAGGCAGUAAGUCGUGGCUGCUAUUUAUAAAUGGAACUUCUAUCAAAAUGAGUAACUUCAUAAAAUUAAGUUUUUAUAGGGUUUUCCAAGGAAAAGUCACCUUGGUUGGAUAUUUCUCACUCAUUAAACUUUGCAGAAGUGAUUCAUAAUAGGUACUGUUUUUAAUCACUUUUUAAAUAUAAGAAUAGACUGUUUGCAAGGAAGCCAAAGUGUGUUAAUCUUUUAUAUGACUAAGAUAAAUUUAAAGAGAUCUGUGAUCAAAUUAAGUUGAGGGAGGAAAAGAAAUCACUGAAAGAAUUUUUGUAAUAUAUUGAUCAACAAGAGUAGAUGUUUUAUAAAUUAUCUGUUGCAAAGUCUUAUCUGUAGCAAUGCCUUUUGACACUGAUAACUACCAUUUAUAGAGUAUGUAGUGAAAGUAAGAGCAUUAUAUUUACUGACUUUAAGCUUUAUUGAGACUCAAGGCUACUCUGUGAACUUAGUCACUACUUCUUUAGUUCUAUUCACUGAUUCUCAUCACUGUUUUCUAUUGUUUCCUCCUAAAAGAGGUCUUAGUCAAUCAUUUCGUGUUUGUAUUUCAGUUCCUUUUCAUUUCUGCUUUUCUGUAAACUGGUGAUUAAAUAGUCACACUAACUCUGCUUUCAAAGAGCCCCAAGGACUUUAUAACUGAGGCCCUUUGUAACUGAGAAAUGAUGCUUGUUAUUAAUGAUUACAAGUGAUAUGCUAGUUUAAUUGCCUGAGGUUGGUAACUGUAGGAAUUGUUGCAGACAACUGAAAAGAAAUUUUGUCUUAGUUUUAUUUUCAGUCUUGCUAAAUAAAAUGAGUUUUUGUAUUA